GACGAUCCAGACGCCCUGCCUGCCCUUGGAGUGAGUCUUGUGCAGGCGAUUCGCGGUCUAAAAACUGGCCAGUCUGAUUUUGGCGCCAGCGCCGGCGGUGUUGCGUCAGUCCCUCUCGCUAGUCUUGCUGCUGGCCUCCAGGCCUUGACAACAAUAUGUCCUCUGAGGAUAGCGUGGCUAUUCUGCGGCCAUCUUUGGGCAGACACCGGUCUUAUGGACGCCUUUUUGGCUGAUCUGCGCGGCAACCGGAAUGGCCUUUCUUCGGGUUGCAAAGCCAGUGGUCGUCAUGGUGGCGGCAGUCUUCUCGCCUCCAUCGAGCCAGCCUGGCAGUUUACUGGCUCUCUGAGCGAAGCAGUAGGUGAUGGGGUGACUCCUUUAUCGGUCGUCAUGGCAGAGACGGCCAACAAGUUACAAGAGGGGUUACCAGGUGGUCGGAUGGACGUGGUGACGAGAGAGCAUUUGGUGCCAUGCCCAGUCUACAUCUCGCGAUUGGCACGACGAAGCAAUACAUUAGCGCCUUCCGGAGCUGUCCAGGCCUGCAGCUCCGUUUCCGCUGAUCGUCUUAAUUCAUGUGGCCAUAGGUACGCUAAUCAGGCCCAGUAUACCACUGGGUCUGAUGUAUCUGACACGGUUGGCAAGAUGGAACAGUUUCCCUGGUUGCCGACUCAUUCGUUCAGCUUGCAGCCGCAAUUUCGCCUACAGGCCUCCUCUUCGGCGCCCUCCCGGCUCGUUCAACUUGUGUCCCCGGCCACAUCUCAUGGCCCUUCAUUACCGGUCUCUCCGAAUCCCGGAGACGGGACCAUCCUGGAUGCACUUUUGGACGCAGCAGACGAACCCACCGCACCUGCGCUAUUCCAUAACUCCACCGUCACUGCCGUCGUCACCAACCCGACGGCCUCAACCGUCCCACUUACUUCUGCUGGUUCAGGCUCGGCAGUCAGCCUUCAGCUGCAUCGACUGCGUUCGCUGCUUUCAGAGCCUGGCGACCGUCUAACGACUGUUUUACCAUCACGUCCACUUUCCUUUGGCUCCCUCGAGCUGUCCUCUAGUCGAUUGUUUCCUAGGCUCCCGACUGAGCAUAAGCUGAACGCAACUGAACCUAAUGAGAUGCCAAUCAACUUGGCAUGA